AUGGUCCACCCUUUGUCGAUAUUGCUCAUUCCAGCAACGGCCUUCAUAGCCAACAGAGCAUCGACUAUCUACUCACGACUCAACAUCCCUUACCCUAUAACGUUGAACCGCGAUGUGCCUACAACGUUGAGCAAUCAUCGGACAGUCACAUCCAUCAUCAACCCGAGCAAACUUCCUGCAUUAAGCGAUACCCACGAGAUCGUGAUACCCUGGCCACGAACACCCGAGGGUGGCACAAUGCCUAAUGAACAGGUUCUUGCUCGGCUAUGCUAUGGCUUUUUCGGGGGAAUCGUCCUGACCCCGGAGAGAACGUUACUUGGUUUCCUCAGGAAGAAUCUGAUAGGCAUCUCUGCACUCGAUGCUGUCGCGGUCCCGCAAGAGAUCUGGAGCCGUGGCGACUUGCCUCCUGAGAAGGCUCUUGAAGUCGGGUCGAAACUGUAUGGCACAUUUCAGGUGGUUGAUCAACAUAUUGCUCCAUCGCCAACAGCUGCGGCGGACUCCAAAGCUCUGUUUGACGAAGAGAGCUUCGUCACAUUUGCAUAUGGUUACGAUGAAGGGCUGUUCAAGGGUGCACAUCGCUUCUACGUCUCCCAGGCCCAGCCGCCAGCAUCAAGCAGUACGCAGAACAGGGAAAAGAAGUGGGUUCGUCUGCGGAUGAGCUCUACCAAUGUUGUCACAAGCGACAGUCCUUAUAUGCAAAAAGCGAUGGACUGGUCAGGCAGUUUUCACCUAACCUACGCCAACCUCCUCUUUCGAGACGCCGUGGCCGAGGUUCUGAGUCCUUACGAACAAUGA